UUCCGUCUGUGACGUUUUGUCUCUUUGUGUCUUCUGUCCGUCUCUCCGAGCAGUAACUGCUGAACCAUGUCUGCCGGCCUGGACGACACAGACAACGUGUUCGACCUGAACGAGGCGAUCCCAGAGACCGAGCUGCUGGACAACAGCAUCCAGAAGGGCCGCGCCCAGCUGUCCGUCAAGGCUCGGAGGCAGCGUCCCUCCAGGUCACGUUACCGAGACAGCGUGAGCUCCACGGAGGGGGACGACAGCCUGGAGAGGAAGGACAGUCCGAUACACUCCACCCGCUCACCUCUCCAUCUGGCAAUGCGAGGCUCCUCCCCCUCUCCUGACUCACUGCUGUCUGCUCGAAGCCCCGCCUUCUCCUUUGACACAUCACUGUCGCGGCGCUCUCCAGAGGAUGAAGGCGAGCCAUUGGCUGCUCCCCCACGGGGGCGGUACCAUCAGCUGACCAAUGCCACGUCUCAGGAGGCUCUGGUCACUCCCAGCAGCUCGCCCUCCAGGUCCUGCCCCUCCUCCGACUGCUCACGGGUCUACAUGAGGAGGAGCAGAAGGCCCGACAGCGAAGUGUUGGUUUCUGACUCAAGUCGGGACCCGAGUCCGGCUGAUCCCGGCAGUCCAACCGUCGUCUUCGACAAGAAAACCAAGAGACGCUUCCUGGAUUUGGGGGUGACUCUCAGGCGUUCAUAUAUCCGGGUGAGGAAAGACAAAUCCAACAGGCUCUCUGUGGGCAGCAGAGAGCCGUCUGAGAGUCCGUCUCGGUCCUCAGGAUCCUUUGUCCCCUUCUCUUGGUUCACCGAAGGACGGGGGUCGCUAUCCUCCUCCGGGACCCCACCCUGCUCCCCCAAGACCACCCCGCUGAGCUCCCCGAGACCUCGCAAGUCCCACUCGCAGGAGUCGGCUCUCAGCGAGGAGUUUUCUCCUCCUCACACCUCCUCCUCCACCUCUCCUCCUGUCGACCCCUCCUCCUCCAGAUCCUCCCAUCCAUACCACACCCUCUCCCAGUCCUCUGACGAGCCCUUCGAUGACCCGUCCUGCCCGGUGUCUUUGUGGACGACCCAGCAGGUCUGUCAGUGGCUGAAAGGACUCAACAUGGAGCAGUACGUCCCAGAAUUCAGCGCGAGAGACAUCGACGGUCGGGAGCUGCUGCAGAUGGACGGCCAGAAGCUGAAGGCUCUGGGCAUGCUCAGUUCGUCUGAUCGCGGUGCUCUGAAGCGUCGUAUCAAGGAAAUCCUGACUGCAGCAGAGAAGGAGAGAAAAGCUCUGGACAAGAUGGAGAAACAGAAAGAAAAACAGCGAAGGAAAGACCAAGAACAGCGCAAGAGCUGAGCGCCGCCACCAGGGGGGGACAGAGGGGGGGGCAACAACAAGGGGAGGACAAUCUCUGUGUCUGCACAUCCUGGAAAACCUUGGUAAUCUGAAAUGCACCUUUCCAGUCCUGGAAAAGUCCUGGAAAGUGUAAACCAGAGGUCCUGAUCUCAGCUGCACUGGAUGAAGUCCAGUCAUCCAGUGCAGGAAGUCAUGUGAUCGAUGACAUCAUGACACCCUUUCUGACGGUGGCCCUGAAGGACAAAUCGUUCAGCGUUCAGCAGGUUACAAACAGGGUUUCAGUGUUUUUACAUGUUUUCUCUCUUUGCUGCCCCAAAAAAAGAUUCAUAUCAAAGAAAAUCUAAAGUUUAAAAACAUCUUGAAACAUACGAGAAUGAAUAAAAAUGAACGAACAUC